AUGCGCCACAGGAAGUACUAUCUCGUGCUCGAGGUGAGAGACAUCCCUACUACAUGGCCAUGGGGAAGAUGUAUGGGCAGUGAUUGUGGUCCAGGUGGCAGUCAAAGCCGGGCAGUCUGGUGUGCCCAUGUGGAAGGCUGGACUACGCUACACACGAACUGUGACCAGGGCCAGAGGCCCUCAAAUCAGAGAAACUGUUUCCGUGUGUGUGACUGGCACAAGGACCUUUAUGACUGGCGAUUGGGUGCCUGGAAUGAGUGUGUGUCAGUGUCAGCGAGGACAUUUGGGGCUCCCCGGCCCUCCAUAUGCAGCGGGGGUGAAGAGGGCAUUCAAAUGCGAGAGGUGGGCUGCGUACUCAACUCUGAUGGAUCACCAGCAGAGGAUGCCAUCUGUGAGUACUUUGAGCCAAAGCCUCGCUUGGAGCAGGCAUGCUUAAUUCCCUGCCCUCAAGACUGUGUGGUUUCCGAAUACUCUCCUUGGACCUCUUGCUCUAAAACCUGUGGGACAGGUCUCAUCAACCGUGUCCGUAGCGUCUUAGUACCUCCGCUUUUUGGAGGUGCAGUCUGUCCCAACCUGACGGAGUUCCAGUCCUGUAAACUGGGGGCCUGCACGGGUCCUGAGAGUCUAUACAGCCUCAGGAUUGGAUCCUGGAGCUCCUGCAACUUCCCACAGACUCGGCCUGUGCGGCAGGUCAAGCGCAGGAAAGGUAAAGGACCCGGUGUCAGGGAGAGAGCUGGGGUUAAGGAUCCAGAGACCAGGGAGCUUAUUCAGAAGAAACGAAGCAGAAACCGUCUGAACCGUCAAGAAAGCCCUUUCUGGGAUAUACAGGUGGGCUACCAGACCCGAGAGGUGACCUGCGCACACAGGAAUGGGACAACUGUCGAACUCAAACUAUGCACACCAAGAUACCUGCCACUGAUGGUCCAGUCCUGCGUUCUCCCCAAGUCCUGCCAACUGACUGACUGGGCGGACUGGGGUCCCUGUUCCAAGACCUGUGUGGACCCCAACUCGCCAGCCGGCAAGCGUACCCGAAGCAGACGCGUGCUCCAGUUCCCCGUGGGAGACGGGGAAGUCUGCCCUCCGUUGGAGGAGUCGGAGCCAUGCGAACCCCAGGGUGACGGGGUGCCCCCCUGUGCCGCUUACACCUGGAGGACCACCGAGUGGAGCGAUUGCCGGGUGGACUUGUUGCUAAGCCAACAGGACCGUCGGCGUAGCAACCAGACGGGACUGUGUGGGGGUGGCCUGCAGACCAGGGAAGUUUACUGUGUCCAGGCCAAUGCUGAGCUCCUGACAUACCUCAACAACCUCCGUGAAAAAGACAAAGCGGGUCAGACCCAAAGACAGCAGAAGCCUAGUGUUCCCCCACUCCUCUCCAUCACAUUCCAGAUUACAGCCUCCCGUCCGGUGGAAAACAAGCUUUGUGAAGACCCCAUCCCCAACAGAUCCCAGCUGUGCCACAUCCCGUGUCCGACUGAAUGUGACGUGUCCCCAUGGGGGGCCUGGGGACCGUGCACCUUUGAGAACUGUAACGACCAGGUUGGGAAGAAAGGUUUCAAAUUGAGGAAGCGACAAAUCACCAAUGAGCCAACUGGAGGUCCUGGAAACUGCCCCCACCUGGUGGAGGCAGUGCCUUGUGAUGAGCCCAUGUGUUAUGACUGGCGGCUGGUCAGCUUGGAGCAGUGCAUCCCCGACAAUGAGAAGCCCUGUGGCCCUGGAAUGCAGGUUCAGCAGGUCCAGUGUGUCAACAGUAAUGGGGAGGAAGUAGACAGCAGUCUCUGUGCCUCCAUCCCAGCUCCAGAGCCUGUGCUCUGCGAGGUACCCUGUUCCAGGGACUGUGUCCAGAGUGACUGGACCCCCUGGUCUACCUGCUCUCAGACCUGCUCCAGCAAGACCAUUGAAGGCAAACAGAUGAGGACCCGAUCCAUUUUGGCUUACAAUGCUGGUGAAGUGACUGCAAUGGUAGUGGCAUGGAUCACAGUGAUGGAGGGUCUUUCCCAGGUGCCAAAGUUCCCAGAACUUUUUGGUGGUGCCCUGUGCCCAAACAGCAGCGCCCUUCAGGAGAUGAGAAACUGUAAUGAGCAUGCCUGUACAGUGUACCACUGGCAGACGGGGCCCUGGGGUCUGUGCACAGACGACCCCUCCUCCUCUGCCCUCAACACCACCACGGAUGGCCAGGCACCAUGCUCGAUGGGCUUGCAGACUCGCAAGGUCAUCUGUGUUCGGGUUAACGUGGGACAAGUGCCACCCAAGAAGUGUCCGGAUGGUCCUCGUCCUGGUACGGUGCGGCCUUGUCGACUCCCCUGUAAGAAAGACUGCAUUGUGACCCCAUUUAGCGACUGGACACCCUGCCCUCUCACUUGUGAUGCAGCCGGUAACAUUGUGAAGACAAAGCAGACAAGGAACCGUCUCAUCAUCCAAAUGCCGUCCAAUGGGGGACAGGACUGUCCGGAAGUUUUGGAGGAGGAGAGGGACUGUGAGGCCCCAAAGGUUUGCCCAGGGUUCAGAUGGAAGACCCACAAGUGGAGAAAGUGCCAGCUGGUUCCAUGGUUUCUCAGGCAGGACAGCCCUGGGGCCCAGGAGACCUGUGGACCAGGUCUUCAAACAAGAGCGGUAUCAUGUCGCCAGCUGGAUGGGACGCAGGCCGACAUCAGUGAAUGUCUGAAAUUCGCCAAGACCAUGCCUCCCGUCAUUCAACGCUGCCAGCUCCCUUGCCAGGAUGACUGCCAACUUACCAACUGGUCCAAGUUCUCCUCUUGCACAGCUGACUGUGUAGGGGUCCGCACCAGAAAGAGGGCUUUGAUAGGGAGGAGCAAGAAGAAGGAUAAGUGCAAGAACACCCAAAUGUACCCUCUGAGCGAGACCCAAUAUUGCCCCUGUGACAAGUAUAAUGCUCAACCUGUGGGUAAUUGGUCUGACUGUAUCUUGCCUGAGGGUGGUCGGGAGUGUGGCCAGGGCUACCGCUACCAGGCCAUGGUGUGUUAUGACCAAGACAACAGGUUGGUGGAGACCUCGCGCUGUAACAGUCACGGCUACAUUGAGGAGGCGUGCAUCAUCCCCUGUCCAUCAGACUGUAAGCUCAGUGAGUGGUCAAACUGGUCACGCUGUAGCAAGUCCUGUGGCAGCGGGGUCAAAGUUCGCUCCAAGUGGCUUCGGGAGAAACCUUACAACGGUGGGCGGCCCUGCCCCAAACUGGACCACAUCAACCAGGCCCAGGUGUAUGAGGUUGUGCCAUGUCAGAGUGACUGUAAUCAGUACGUCUGGGUGGCCGACCCAUGGAGUGUGUGGAAGGUCAGCAACGUGGACCUAAAGGAGAACUGCGGAGAGGGUGUUCAGACCAGAAAAGUCAGGUGCAUGCUCAACACCAUAGAUGGACCAUCGGACCCUGUGGAGGACUAUCUGUGUGACCCGGAGGAGAUGCCCCUGGGAGCCAGAGAGAGUCGGCUGCCUUGCCCAGAGGACUGUGUGCUGAACGACUGGGGGACCUGGAGCCGCUGCAGCCUACCCUGCACCAGAACCAUCAGUCGGGUGAGGACAGCAUACACCCUGCGUUCACCCAGCGUUGGACGACAGUGUCCAGAUACCACUGACAAGGAGCCCUGCAGCCUAAAUCUGAACUGCUUCAACUAUUUCUACAACAUCACAGACUGGAGUACCUGUCAGCUCAGCCCUAACGCUGUAUGUGGUACAGGCAUUAAAACAAGGAUGCUGGACUGUGUUCGUAGCGAUGGCAAGUCUGUGGACCUCAAGUUCUGUGAGGAGUUAAAUUUGGAGAAGAAGUGGCAGAUGAACAUUUCCUGCAUGGUUGAGUGUCCCGUCAACUGCCAGCUGUCAGAGUGGUCGGCCUGGUCCGAGUGUUCACAGUCCUGUGGAUUGGAAGGAAAGAUGUGGCGGCAGAGGUCGGUGGUUCAGGCCUCUCAGGGUGAUGGGCGGCCGUGCCCGCCUCAGAUGGAGCAGUGGAAACCCUGUCCUGUCAGGCCCUGUUACCGAUGGCAGUACAGUCCCUGGUCCGAGUGUAGAGUGGAGGGCGUGGUGUGUGGACAUGGCAUGCGCUACAGAAGCCUGUCCUGUUUCGUGUCUGACGGCUCCGGGGAUGGCGAGGGCAGCCUGGUGGACGAGGAGCUGUGUAGUAGCCUGGAAAUGGAAGUCAACAGAGAGAAGCAGAUCAUACUGAAGGAGACCUGUAUCCUGCCAUGCCCAGGGGAAUGCUACUUAAUGGAGUGGUCGGACUGGAGCCCAUGUGUGAGCGUGUGUGUCAAGGGAGCCGGCGUGGUCUUUGGCUCUGUCCAGGUGCGCUCACGGGCUGUCAUGGCCCAGGAGCCUGAGAACCUGCAGCUUUGCCCUGACCAGUCCUGGGAGUCUCGGCCCUGCACUGGUGGCGAGUGUUACGAGUACAAAUGGAUGAGCAGUGAGCGUCCAAACUCUACCCGCCCCAUCAGCUGGUGCCAGCGGUCAGAUGGACUCAAUGUCACAGGAGGCUGCCCCCCCAACAGGCCCCGGGUAGACAACAGCUCCUGUGAUCCUCCCUGUCUAAUGCCAAAGGCUUUCUGCAGUGAGGCUGGAGUUUGCAUGUGCGAGGACGGGUACACAGAGGUACUGUCCCCUGUCGGGCAGCUGGACCAGUGCGCCCCCAUCCCAGUCCUGGAGAUCCCCACGGCCGGGGACAAGAAGGCAGAUGUGAAGACCAGUCGUGCCAUUAAUCCCACCCUGCCUACCACUAUCCAGCCUGGACGUACUGGACGCACCUGGUAUCUACAGCCAUACGGACCAGAUGGGAAGCUGAAGAUGUGGGUGUACGGUGUAGCGGCUGGAGCCUUCGUGCUCCUGAUAUUCAUAAUUUCUAUGAUAUACCUAGCUUGCAGCUACUGUGCCAAGGCGUGUCGUUCACUUAAGGCCCAAGAGUCUGACGCCAAUGGGGCAGUGGUAUGGAUGGGCCAAAACGCACACGAGUUGACUUACACCUGUCCCGAUUGCCAAGAGUUGGCCCAAAGUGGCGCCAAUGGCUAA